ACUUUUGUAAACGAGAUUGAUCGAUAAUUAUUUUUAACUAUAAAAGGUUCUAUGAUAUCAGUAAAAAUUCAUUACAUAACAGUCCAUGAUGUUAACUCUGUGGUUUUUCGUUCUAGGGUUAAUCCUCAACUAUACUGUAGCAGAUGACAACACGGUAUUUCCGGAAGAUUUUUUAUUCGGUGUUGCUACGUCUUCAUAUCAAAUAGAAGGUGCAUGGAACGUUGAUGGUAAAGGAGAAAACAAUUGGGACAGAAUUCUUCAUACCAGACCAAAUUUUACUGCAGAUGGAAAAAAUGCAGAUGAUACUUGUAAAUCCUAUGAGAAAUAUAAGGAGGACGUCAAACUUCUAGCUGAUUUAAAUGUAACACAUUAUAGAUUCUCACUGUCAUGGUCGAGAAUCUUACCAAAUGGUUUGAUCAAUCACGUAAACCAACCUGGAGUGGACUAUUAUAAAAAUCUGAUAAGUGAACUGAAAGCAAAUAAUAUCGAACCAUUUAUCACCUUAUUCCAUUGGGAUACUCCGCAGUACAUUGAGGAAUUGGGAGGAUGGCCAAAUGAAAAUAUUAUCGAUUGGUAUUCAGAUUAUGCGAGACUUUGCUUCCAGCUAUUCGGAGAAGACGUACAAAAUUGGAUGACUUUCAAUGAGCCCAAACAAACUUGUAGCCGCGGUUAUGGUCGUGGAGAUUAUGCACCCGGCAUCAAAUCACCUGGGGUUGGGGAAUAUCUCUGUAUUCAUAACGUUAUUAAGGCCCACGCUACUGCUUGGCACAUAUAUGAUGAGGAGUUCAGGAAGCACCAAAAAGGUAAAGUAGGAAUUGUUAUCGAUUCAAACUGGUGGGAACCUUAUAAUGAAACUGAAGACAAAGAAGCUUCUGAAAAAUUAUUGCAAUUCACUUUUGGUAUGUACGCUAACCCAAUUUUUAUUGGAGAUUACCCAUCAAUUGUGAAGGAUUCAAUAGAGAAACGUAGUUUAGCACAAGGCUUUUCAAAAUCUCGGCUCCCCGAAUUCUCAGAUGAGGAAAUUAAAUACAUCAAAGGAACAGCUGAUUUUUUGGGUCUCAAUCAAUAUUCCACAUCUUAUGUUAAGGCAACGGUCAAUGCAGAUCCCACUGGAAUGGGAUACGAUUUCGAUCCUGAGGUGGACAGUUGGUACGAUGAAACUUGGGAGACGGGUGCUUCUCCGUGGCUAUCGGUAGUGCCAUGGGGAAUAAAAAAAAUGUUGCAGUGGAUUAAAAAAACCUACAAUAAUCCAGAUGUGAUAAUCACUGAAAACGGUUAUUCCGACGAUGACGGAACACUUGAAGAUGAUAAAAGAAUUGAAUACAUACAGAGUUAUCUUAGUAAUGUAAAAAGUGCUAUGGAUGACGAUAAAGUGAACGUAAAAGGAUACACUGUUUGGAGUCUACUGGAUAAUUUGGAAUGGACGUAUGGGUUCACAAACAAAUUUGGCCUUUAUAAAGUUGAUUUCGAAUCCGAAGAUAGGACUAGAACGGCAAAAAAAUCUGUUGAAUUUUAUAAAAAAUUGAUAGAAACCAAAUGCUUGGGCGACUGUUCACCUAAAACUACAUCCACUACUACAACUAAAACUACAACCACAACUAAACCCACAUCUACAACCACAAGUAAACCCACAACUACAACUAAAGCUACAACCACAUCUAAACCCACAUCUACAACCGAUACUACAACCACAACUACAACUAAAGCUACAACCACAUCUAAACCCACAUCUACAACCAAUAUUACAACCACAACUACAACUGAAGCUACAACCACAUCUAAACCCACAUAACUAUUAAAAAAAUAAUCACCUAGGUUUCUGUAACUAUUCUCUCAAAACCAUAUUUUUGAAAAAAAUAUUUUUGUACAAAAAGUGAUUAGUAUUAAUUUAAAUCUCAAAUAAAUCCAUUCUACCUA